AUGAACGUUGUUUUGACGCCAUGUUGGUUGUCAUCGAGGAGAGAAUUUGACAACGGCGCUGGGAGAAGGAAAUAUUUGUCCGAAAUCUACUGUCAUCUGGUUUUAUAUGAUCAUUCACAUACAAUAAUUGAUUGGAUGAAUUUCUACUAACACUAGGCCAUUACAGGGUCUGCGUUUUGGAUGGUAUUAAGACUCGAGAGGUGAAAAACGAAGCCAUUUGUGCAUAACCUGAAUUUUCCCUUGAGCGUAGUCGAAGAAAGCCAGCGGAGGGACCCAGUCACAGGAGCUCUGGUGUGCCCUCUGAUAGAGAAAACCACAGCUUUCUCGUUUUUAUAGAUUCAUAAUAUUUCCAACGGAAUGGCUUGUGGGGCUACUUUGAAAAGGACUAUGGAUUUCGAUCCAUUGAUGAACCAGGCGUCCCCCAAAAGGAGGAGGUGCACCCCAAUGUCUCAAGCCGCCUCGACUUCAUCACCCCAGAAAUAUCUGCGUAUGGAGCCCUCACCAUUUGGAGAAGUGUCGUCCAGACUCACAACGGAGCAAAUCCUGCACAAUAUCAAGCAAGAGUACAAGCGGAUGCAGAAGCGAAGGCACCUGGAGAACAGCUUUCAGCAGACCGAGGGCUGUUGUCCCCUGGAGUCACAACCCCAUAGCUCCAUCCUUAAUGGAUCCAGUCUGCCAGGAACAUCUUCUGGUGCAGUCUCCCCAUCUAGAAAAGAGCAACCUCUAUUUACCUUGAGACAGGUUGGGAUGAUCUGUGAACGACUACUUAAAGAACGAGAGGAGAAGAUAAGGGAAGAAUAUGACGAAAUAUUGACAACAAAACUAGCAGAGCAAUAUGAUGCUUUCGUUAAGUUCACUCACGAUCAGCUAAUGCGGCGAUUUGGAGAGCAACCUGCUAGCUAUGUUUCCUGAGUGAAACCUCAUAUUUGAUGGAAUACCAAUUUCCCAUUUUAUUAUUGCUCAAAGCUUCCCAUUUGAUUAUCUGCCAACCGUAUUCUCCAGAGACUCACAGGCUCUAUUUGGACUUGUAGCAGUGCCAUAUCUCCCCUGUGGGCUUAGGAUGCCUCAAGCUUCUGUCAGUGGCAACUACGUUCUCUUCAGCGACUGGUAUUUGUGCUGCGGCUUAACACCCAAUUUACUACUUUUGGCCAGCGCUCAUAGAGCUACGGUCAAAAUUAGUGCACUAUAUAUAAAGUAGGGUGCCAUUUUGGAUGAAACCUUGGAGUGCUUCCUGCUGUCAACACAUAUAUGGACCUCUGCUACCUAUUACUCUACCAGUGGCCUCCGUUGUUUUAAUUGCUGUACUGAUAUUUAUUAGGCCUUUUUAUAAAGUGACCUGCCAUUCCCAACUCUGCUAACCUCGUCUUAGAUCUGUUUGUGCUCUUUCCAACUACAUUGUUGUCCUUGUCGAGCUAAGACAAUGAGUGACAAGGAGUUGGCAUUAUAGCCCAAACAGACUGGCACUCAGGCUAUGACUCUGCCACCACACAUUUAGAUGUAUUUUGUUCCAUAAACAUGCUUCUUUGUUUCGAAAAUGGCAAGACACAACUAUUUUAUUUUUUAAUCAAAUCAACUUAUACAGUUGGGAGGGGUGGUCCACUACAAAAGAGCAGAUAAUCCAAGGAAGCUUCUGGACUGGACACCAGGAGAGGACAUCCUAUGAUCUAUCAGCUAUGGUUACAUUGUAAUGGUAAAUGGCCUGUGUAAAUUGUCGUUUUGCCUGACCUUUGUUACAGUUAUCUUAAAAAAAAAAAAAAUCUUUAAAAAAAAGUGCCAUUUUUUUCCCCUGUUUAUAUUAUUGCCUAUGUAGCUUAAUGGACUUGGGUUGGGUAAAGCUAAUGAAUAAUAGGUUUACAUUAAAGGAUGUUCCGGGUUCACAUUGUCUUUUUCAUAGUAAAAAAUGCUAGAAUAGUUGACAUCUUUGUUCAAUUUAUCUCUUCCAUGUGUGCUGGAGAAGGUUCCACUUCAGUGAUUGCUUUUGAUGGUGUUGAUUUUGGACUGUGUAUAAUCCAUCUCCUCCACCAUUUGAGAAGGAGUACUUUGAAGGUAUUAUAUCUUGUCCAAAUACAAAUGUUCAUAGUAGCUAGGUUUCCAUCCAAUUGGUGAUAGAUUUCCAGGUGAAUAUUGUAUAAUCUGCAUAAAAACAAUGUUAAUUUUUCCCACCAGAUGUGUUUUCAUUGAAUUGACUUGUUAUGGAUAAUGAUGUAGUGGACAUACAAAUGCAUAUUGUGGUUAAAUUCCCAUGUAUCGAAUAAAAACGUUAAAGUUAAA